ACGUUCAUCUUCACGGACUGGGAGGACCAGGAGCUGCGGCUGAAGGCAGGGGAUCAUAUGAUCAACACCAACUGUUCUGCUGUCCAUACCCGGCAAGCUCUCUGCUGCAAGAUGUCUGUGGAAUAUGAUAAAUUCCUGGAAUCUGGGCAAAAAUGGUUUUGCCACGUGGAUGAUGACAACUAUGUGAACCCUCGGACGCUCCUGCACCUCUUAUCUGCCUUCUCACACAGCCAGGAUGUUUAUGUGGGGCGGCCAAGUCUGGAUCAUCCCAUUGAGGCAGCUGACCAUGUCCAAAGUGAUGGAUCAAAGACAACUGUGAAAUUCUGGUUUGCCACAGGUGGAGCAGGGUUCUGUAUCAGUAGAGGUCUUGCUCUGAAGAUGAGUCCCUGGGCCAGCCUGGGGAACUUCAUCAGCACUGCAGAGAGAGUGCGGCUGCCCGACGACUGCACCAUCGGCUACAUCAUCGAGGGGCUGCUGGAGGUGAAGCUGCUGCACAGCCCCUUGUUCCACUCCCACCUGGAGAACCUACAGAGACUACAAGGCGAGUCUGUGUUGCAGCAGGUAACCCUCAGUUACGGGGACCCUGAGAACAAGCACAACGUUGUGAGUGUGGGAGGAGUGUUUGGCCUCCAGCAAGAUCCCACCCGAUUUAAAUCUGUUCAUUGUCUGCUCUACCCUGACACUAUUUGGUGCCCUGCUAAGAAGAUUCCUAAUUCUUGACCAGCUGUUGAGACCUGUAUCUCACCUAGUUUGCAUAAGAUGGGAGUUGUGGUGGACUUUUUUGGUGGAUUUUUCUUUUCUUUUUCUGGGAGACAACCAGAGGUAUCUACAGAGGAGAGAGACUCUGUCUACAAGAGCAGGGUGGCGUGGUUUGUUC